UCAGUUUCCCCAGGACACUGGGCCUGCAGCAGCGGGAGGCAGGAGGGCACCACAGGGGUGCCUGCUCCACAGCAGAGGUUCCUGUGCUGUCUCCCCCUCCCUCGGAGCCUGCACCCAAACCCCCCUCGGCACCCCCUCCAAUUAAAGGUCCUUAACACUAGCUAACCGCUAACUGCAGCAGUUGACUCAGCUCCUGGCCUUCCCUCCCUGCCCAGGCCUUUGUCACCUUAAUUGGCAAUCUCCAGGCACUUUUCUCUGCCUCCCCAUCCACACCACCCUGCCCCAUAUCCCAGGUCCAACUAUGUGCUAAUUGGGUCCCUGGGGGGGGGGCACACAGAAAGCCCCCUCCCCUGCUUUCCUAUAUUAACCCCCCACCAACCACCCCUCAAACCCCCAAGUCCAGCUCCUGGGACAUAGGGACCAGGAGGGCAGAGGAGGGAUUCUGGGUCCUAAUUUCCAGGGCCCUACCCCCUCUUCCGUCCAGAGCGAUCCACCCUUCCCACAGGCCAUCCCUCCUUGUUAUGUUCUGCAGCCCUGAGCCCCCAGCCCUGGCUACUCCUCUCUCCUCACAGAUUUGAGGGGUGCUUUCUGAUCAGCAGGAAUAUAGUAGAAGUUACCCCCAGAUCACCCAGGCCAUGCACCCUGGGGCCCCCACAGCCUCUGCAGUCUUCGAGCCCAGUCCCCGGGAGCUGUGUGCCUUUGUGAGCGGGGCAGCUGCCCGCAUGCUGCGCACCUUGCACCCCCGGCGGACCCGGCCCCCCAAAAGGAGACCCAACCACAGGAGGUUCCUGCACAACCAGAUCUGCAGGCAGUUUGCCAAGAUUGAGGCCGACACCCAGCGCCUGGCCCUGUCCAUCCUGUCCCAAGAGGCUCCUCCCCAGAGACCUUCGCCCCAAAGAGCACCCCGGCCACCUCCAUCCCCCUUCCUGGGGGUGGCCCAUGCUGUGGCCCCCACCGAGGCACCCCAUGCUGGCCCUAGCCUAAGCCUCACUGCACUGGAUGCCUCCACCCUGGACCUCUUUGAUGACAUUGCACUCACCCCAGAACAUCCCUCAGGGCUGUAUGACCUGCCCCAUCAUGCACUCGGCCAGCCAGGCCUCAGGCAGGCCCAACAUUCCUAUGGUCCUCUGCCCCUGACCCUGCAUGCCCUGGGGGGAGGGGAAGAGCUCUUGGCUCCUGAGGAGGCCUGGGAGGGCAGGUGGGAGAUGCCUUGUGCCCACCAUUUUCAGGAGAUCCCAGAGGGCUGGGGGACCUGCUUCCUGUGACCGCCAAUCACAACCCAGCUCAGGCCAGGACAAACCAGAGGCACCCCAUGACAGCUCUCUAGCCCCCACCCUCUGCCAGGAGCCCCCUUCCACUCCUCUCCUGGCAACUUCUGGGAAAGUGACCCAAGCCCAGACUCCCAUGGGAGACCAGGGCCUCACUUCUGCCUCUUCCAGGCAGGACCCCUCUCUCCCUCCUCUACAUCCUCCCUUCUUUCUUCGCAGCCCCAUCUCCUCGGGAGUCCUCGCUCUAGCUGCGCUUGCGUGGCUCAUUGCUGCCUAAUGUCUGGUCUCAUUUCAUUUAUUCUCAAAGGUGCA